AUGCUUGAAACGCUAAUUAGGGUGCAGCUACGCUUUGCUUCAAGCAGAGCUGCUUUAGUGGCGCCAAGCGUGGCCCAGACUGUGCACAAGGUCGCUCCCGCCGUAAAUCAUAGUCCUGAGAAGGCGUUGGAGAGGCGGUGGUUGCCGCUAAGAUGUGGUGUUCUGACGCGCAAGGUAGGAAUGAUGCCCUACUUUGAUGUGGCGACGGGCGCGCGGAUGGCAGCGACGGUGUUGGAGAUGAACAAUGUGGAGGUUGUGUUGCAAAAGACCGUGGCCGCAAACGGGUACUGGGCAUGCCAGGUGGGUUACGGUAACAAGCAUCCUAGCAAGGUAACGAGGCAGUUGCUGGGGCACUUUGCAUCGAAGGAGGUGAAUCCGAAAGAGAAGGUGACAGAGUUCCGUGUCAAAAACGAGGAGGGACUACUGCCUGUCGGGACUUUGCUGAAACCGUCCUUUUUCAGUCCGGGACAGUACGUGGACCUGAGGUCCGUGAGUAAGGGUAAAGGGUUCCAAGGUGUCAUGAAGCGUUACAACUUUAAAGGUCAGAAGGCUUCGCACGGUAAUUCUUUGUCCCACAGGAAAGGUGGGUCCUACGGUCAGAACCAGACACCUGGUAGAAUUCUGCCAGGCAAGAAAAUGCCGGGGCAUAUGGGUGUGCAGCGGGUUACAAUUCAGAACGUGCAGGUUUUGGAGGUGCAGGACUCCAAGGGCGUGAUCAUAGUGAAGGGAUCUGUUGCUGGACCAAAGGGUGCUUUCGUGAAGGUGCAAGAUGCCAUCAAGAAGCCACCAACAGCUGAUAUAUGA